AUAACCUUAGGGAAUGAUACAAUUUAUUUUGUCAGCUGUCACAAUAACGUCCGCAAUACCAACAUAAGGAUAAAAAAAUCAUAGAGUUAUUACAUCAGUGUUACCGUAGUUAGUAGAAGCUUCAUAAGUUGAACCCGAAUAUUGAACACGAAAAAGAGUCGGGCUGAGUGAGUACGUGACCCAAUUCCACUUAUGCGGCUUCUACGGUGCCUAGAGAUUUUGAUUGCAAGCGCAUCUCAUUCAUGUCGGCCAUUUUACUGAUAAUGUUUUCAACUAAUUAUUUGACUGUAUUCGCGUGUGUAUUUAUGUAAUUGUCAGAAGAAAACUUUAACGCAAUCUUAUUUUAUUAAUCCAAAGACAAUCUAACGCAAUGUUGUGGGAAAUAAUCGUGUUUCAUGCGUGAUUAAAUAUUGUUGAUUUUAUGCAAGUUUGUUAUUAAAAAACGAUGUCUGUGACCGGCGACGAUGCAUCGGGUGGAUCCGGUAGUGGGAUAUCUAUCCAAGUGUUUCGCCCAACGUGGGACGAAUUUAAAGAUUUUAAUAAAUAUGUUCAGUAUAUGGAAUCGAAGGGAGCUCAUAAAGCUGGUCUCGCGAAAGUGAUACCACCGCCGGAAUGGGUUCCAAGGAAGAAGGGAUACAAUUUGGACGAGCUGAACAUCACAAUACCGUCACCUAUAUGUCAAGUGGUCACCGGAAAGCAAGGUUUGUUUCAACAAAUUAAUAUACAGAAGAAGUCAAUGACGGUGAGGCAGUUUGCAGUUAUGGCGAACUCCGCGAAGUAUUGCACGCCUCGGCACACGAAUUACGACGAUCUGGAGAGGAAGUAUUGGAAGAAUGUCACAUAUGUUGCACCUAUAUAUGGCGCUGACGUAAACGGGAGUAUCACAGACCCUGAUGUAAAUGAAUGGAAUAUAAAUCACCUCGGAACAAUCUUAGAUUUUGUAAACUCCGAUUACGGUAUUGAAAUAGAUGGUGUUAACACUGCUUAUCUGUAUUUCGGAAUGUGGAAGACGACAUUUGCCUGGCACACUGAAGAUAUGGAUUUAUACUCGAUAAAUUAUUUACAUUUUGGCGAACCUAAAACUUGGUAUGCCAUCCCACCGGAACAUGGUAAACGGUUUGAAAGAAUUGCAUCCGGUUUCUUCCCAACGUCAGCGAAAACUUGCCAAGCCUUCCUCCGUCACAAAAUGACAUUAAUAUCUCCACAUAUAUUAAAACAAUACUCCGUUCCUGUGAAUAAAGUUACACAAAAAGCUGGGGAAAUCAUGAUAACAUUUCCGUAUGGCUAUCACGCUGGUUUCAAUCAUGGAUUUAACUGUGCGGAGUCUACAAACUUUGCUGCACCGCGUUGGGUUGAAUAUGGCAAGCGGGCAUUGCAGUGUACAUGCAGUAAUGAUAUGGUGAAAAUCUCUAUGGAUACAUUUGUAAAACGUUUCCAACCAGACCGCUACGAGUUAUGGCUUAAAGGUGAAGAUGUCGGUUGUCAUCCAGAACAGCCAGAGAAGAUGGUGCCGGCUCCUCAUCCUUCCGGUCAGGACAUUCUUUGUAAUAAAAACAAUACUGAACUACCUGAAUCCUUCAUUGAGGCGGAGAUUGAGGGUCUGAAAAAGAAGAAGAGACAUCCACUUCAUUUGAAAAGAGCCAUGGCUAGUAAGAGUAUAUCCGAAGGUGCGAUUGCUGUAUCUAUCCUUGGUCAUGAUGUUAUGGAUGACGAUGAAAUGACAAUGGCAGAAGGGGACCUUGAUAUGAUGACAUCAAUGAAAAGACAAAUGAUGCCUUUAUCACCUAAUGACACCCAACUGGAUGCUCUAGAAGAUAUUUGGCUGAAAGGUGAUGAGAUGGAACCCUCAGAAGCUCAGCAACCGGAUGUUGGCUAUAUGGACUCUGAUAAAGACUCAGAUUAUGAAGACCCGAGCGCUAAGAAGAUAACAAAACCAAGAAGGAAAAGGAAGGAUGGCAUAAAGAAAGAACUCAAAGAUAAAGUGAAAGAAGAUGACGAAACUAUACCAAUGCCCAAGAAAACGCCACCAGUUAAAACACAAAAGAGAAAAGCUAAGACUAAAAAGCUAUCGGAAGAGCAACUUGAGGAUAUGGCAGCUGUAGUAUCAAACUGGGAUUCGCCACCUCAUGAAGCUGAUGAGCCGAUUACAACAAAACCUGAACCUGUAGCGGCUUCCAAUCCAAUAUUAAAAAGUUUACUUAAUAAAGAUAGUCCAAGCCCAAUGAAAGAUAAAAAGGAACCCAAAAAACGCAAAUCCUUAAAGGACACAGAACAGGUGGAAAAACAGAAGCACGAAAAGGCAAAGAAAGAAAAGAAGAAAGAGGAUGUUGUCAAGAAAGAGACAUCAACAGAUAAGCCGGAAAAGAAACCCAGAAAACCGAGGACUCCUAAAAAGAAAGUCAUCGUAGAAUAUAACGAUGUUCCAGAAACAUUUGUACCAAAUCAUACAGUCACACGAGUUUUGGAUCUAGAUACAAAGGAAUCUAAAGAAACUAUAACAGAAAGAAAGACAGACGUAGUCUCUCCCGUUACAUCUAGUUCGAAUAGCCCAGUCUUACUAAAGUCACCCUUGCCCACAAGAGUUUAUUCCAAUCUACGUGUCAGCCCCAACACACGGCCAACAAAUAUAGCAAUAAAUAAAAAUCCAGCCGCAUUCCAAGGGGAAUUUCACAAAUUCAUGGUCACAGCGAAACUCAAACCUGAACCAUUGCCUUUGCCAACAAUGCGUAUACCGAAGAAAAAACCACCGAAAACCAAAUACACGGAACAGAGUUCACGGACUGUUGCCACUCCAGUACUUACUGAACCACCUGUCCCUAAAUGUCAAUACAAUGAUGAUAUAUUUGUCAACAGACCUUUAGAUUUUAGAAUGAAUUCCUUCCAACAAGGACCUCAGAAUGUACCUUCUGAUCCUGUAGUUGAACCACAAUGGAAUGGAGAUUACCAACAACCACUAUUACAAAAUACACAGCCAACAUACGGUGAAGAAUCAAACUAUUACAGGAGUCCGUACCAAACACCGUGGUAUGGUUAUGCAUGUCUGAAUGUGCUGACGAAGCAGGAGGUGUCGCCGUGCGUGGAGAAGGAGGAGGUGAAAGUAGAAGUGGAAAGGUUUAUAGACCACGCCCGUCAGAUGGAAGCAUUCUUCUUGCAAAAGAGGUUUCUGCUGUCAGCGAUGAAACCUGAACUCCUAGUGAAGGAAGACAAUAACGAGUUGAAGUGUGAAUUGCAGCGAAAGGAUGAGCUCUUACGACGACAUUAUGAUAAAGUGACUCAAUGGCAUGGAUUACUUGCUGAUUUACAGGGUCAUACUGUGUACAACAAGUGUCAACAACAGAGCGCACCGGCCGCGCUGCAGCAAGCCGCCUCGCCAAUGCCGCAGCCUUGCGCCGUGCAACAAAGUGUACAGGCGCAGCAGUUGGCGGCGCAGCAGGCGGCGCUGCAGCAGCAAGCUCUGCAGCAGCAGCAGGUACCGCGCCCCCCGCACCCGCCCGCCUACCCCGCCGUGCCCCAGCGCCGGUAGCCCUCCGCACCCCGCACACUGUGCCUUAAUGUCCGAUAUUUAUAUUGUUGAAUACGAGCUGUCGCCCGCAAACUUCCUUAGCGCGUAUAAAAUGGCCAUCAAUCCGCGUGCAUUUACCUUCCAGCUAUGUUUCAGUCAAAUUCCCGUCCAAAUUUCGUCAAACCCAUUCCAGAGAUAGCGGUCCGGUUUCCAUUUUGACAGCGCGAAAUUAAAAAAAAAAAGUAGCCUAUAACAUGCCCGUCUAUGUCAGCUACCCUCCAGUGAAAGUCCAGUCGAAAUUGGCCCAGCCGUUUCCGAGAUUACCCGGAUCAAAGGCUGCGGACAGACAGACAAAAAUUUUUAAAGGCGUUAUCAGCAACGCAAAUGCAUCAUCUUCCCGAAAUCUGCAAUUU